CAUUGAAACUAAAUUUAAUGAAUAAGAUGCUCAAAAAAAUUCAUCAAAAAAUUCCACCGGAAACAUCUUAAACGGCGGAAAAAGUCUCCGAUAAAAGAUGUGAACCGAAAACUGAUGAAGUAAACCUUUUGCUUUGUUCUCUGCUUAAACCCUAACCCUAGACGUGCUUCAUCAUUCGCCGAACAGAUGGGGAGGUCCCGAAGGAAAUACAAGAGAGCGAGAACUAAGGUGCGCGUGGGACUGCCAAAGAAAAACCCUCAUUUAUUCAAGCCGGCGUUUAACUUGCCGCCGAAGCUACGGUCACUGCUAGAUCCUCUCUCGCAGUGGGACGCAGAGGGCAGCGUUAUUGCAAAUUACAAGUCCUUCGGCUUUCUCUCAAACCCAAACAUGCUUGGCGUGCGCUCUCGCACCUCCCACAUCGUCGAAAGCGAGUCUCUUCAGGUCCCGCCGCCCGUGUCCUCCGACGGCCCUGAACCCGAUGCCGAGUUUCAGCCUAUUGAUUCCGGCAGCGAUCUCGAGGAAGAUGACCUGAAGUCAGCACUUGGAAAGAAGCGGAGGGAUGGUCAAAGUGCACCUCCGCAACCACUAACAGCCAUUCAACGGGUUUAUAUCCAAAGACUUGUGGAUGAAUAUGGGGACAAUUACCAGAAAAUGUUCAUGGACACAAAAUUGAACAAGAUGCAGCACUCAGUAGCAACACUGGAGAAUCUGUGCAAAAGAUAUCAGUUGUACCGUGAUAAAAACCCCUUGAUUGUGGGUGUUUAGAGAACAAUCAAAUCUUUUGUACGUUAAACAGAACGAGUUUAUUUAUGCUUGUAAUGUUAUAAUUUUGCUUUUUUCUGUGUGCUUAUGAUUAUAAUUUGAGCCUGUGGACGAUGCUUUUUUGAACUGUGAUUGCAAUUGAUAAGUAAAACUGAGCUGAGACACUUUAAUUAAUUAUUUACCGUAAACAUAAAGGAUUUUAUACAAUGAUGUUUUCCGUGUUUUGGGGAAGAA